AUGUUAACCUCCUCCACCCCAACAACAACAGGAACAAAUCAUGCAGAUACCUCUGUACAACAUCUCCAGUUGAAUCCAGUUUAUACUGCUGUCAUUGAAGAUUUCUUAACUAAUGUUAUUAUUCACUUAGAUGAUCCAAAUUCACAAAUUCGUGCUGCUGUCUCACGUGUUAUCCUUCGAGUGAAUCAAUUCGCCUCAGAAUUAGUUAAUAAAGCAUUAAUCAAAGCCAGAUCUUGUCAUCGUUCAUCUUUAUUAUGUGAUCAACUUUUACAAUUUUGUCGUACGCACACAUGCACACGCACACAGACACACUCACAUGAUGUUUAA